UUUAUCUGCACCGCCGGUUUUAUGGUCGCAGUUACUACAAGAUCUGACAGUCAUGGCGAACAUCUGCGCUAGCGUCGAAGUGGCGUGAACGUUCUUAGGUGUGUUACCAUCACGGCAGCCAUUCAAGACAGCUUAUGACUUCAAAUGGCAAUGAACAGGCUUCCUGUAGUGACGCUCCUGGCCGUGACCCUGAUCUCGGCAGCGUCAUCGCACGUCGUCAACACCACUUGCGGUUUGGUGCGUGGCAUUCGAAUUUCCGUGAAAGACAAGACGGUGUUCGGUUUUCUCGGCAUUCCGUACGCUCAGCCACCGACGGGCGAACUUCGAUUCCGAAAGUCUGUGCCCGCUUUGCCUUGGAAAGAUGUGUUGGACGCGACGACAAUGCCUUAUUCGUGCAUGCAACCCGAGAACGUCUUUCUCAGCGCCGGCUUCGAGGACGAGAGCCGGCACAGCGAAGACUGCCUCUACCUCAACCUGUGGACUCCUCAAACGGACUCUCCUAGCCGGCCUGUAAUGGUAUGGCUGCACGGUGGUGCGUUCAUCAUGGGAUCGGCCAGCCAUAGUUACAACAACGGCUCCGUGAUUGCCGCGCUGGGUGACGUGGUAGUGGUCGCGAUGAACUACCGGCUCGGCGCAUUCGGCUUCUUCACUGCGGACACAGAGGACGCCCCUGGCAAUAUGGCUCUUCACGACCAGCUGCUCGCGUUGCGUUGGGUGCGCGACAACAUCCGCAACUUCGGCGGUGAUCCCAACCAAGUGACACUUUUCGGGGUCAGCGCCGGAGCCAUCUCGGCCAAUCUGCACCUCCUGUCUCCCCUCAGCCGUGGCCUGUUCAAGCGCGCCAUCCUGCAGAGCGGGAGCCUCUACUCUGCCACCUUCAUGAGCUCCACGGAGGAAGCCAUACGGGUCUCGAACGACUUUGCCAGCACCCUCGGCUGCGCCAGCAGCAUAGACGAGGACCUACUCUCUCACCCCGAUUUAGUCGUACGCUGCCUGCGGUCCAAGAGCGCCGAUGAGAUCCUGCGCGCGCACAUCGCCUUCUCACGAGGCAAGAUCAUCAGCAUGAGGCCCGUGCACGGUGAUGAGUUCAUGCCCAAAUCGCACUUGGUGCAGAUCGAAAGGGGUCAGUUCCAAGACGGCGAGGUCCUCAUUGGAACCAAUGCAGACGAAGGCUCGCUCUUCCUCUUUCUCGGCUUUCCGCACCUCUACCCUCUCAAGACGACGCAACCCGUCUCACGAGAGGACACGGAGAAAGUGGCCCGAAUCCUGCUACACGCUUUGCACGCGCCGGUUCCUGACGACAUGUUCGAAGUGUAUUUAGACGCUCAAGAUAGCGCCACUGCAAUUAGCGAGGACGAGCGUCUGCGUGGGAGGCUAAUUGACAUCGUGAGUGACCUGUUCUUCGUCUGUCCCUCGGUGCACUUCGCCUACACGUACGGGAGGCGCGGUAACCGCGUGUUCUACUACUCUUUCGAGCACCGCACCGAGUCCAGCAUAUGGGGCCCCUGGAUGGGCGUUCCGCACAGCGACGAAGUGCAGUACGUCUUCGGCAUGCCCUUCAGGCUGCCGGCGCACUACACGGACGAGGAGGCACGAUUCUCCGAGAACAUAAUGGACAUGUGGGUCACCUUUGCCAAGACAGGGAACCCAAGCACUCAAGACGUUCGCUGGGACGAGUUUCAAAGGAGCAACGGCUCCUAUCUAUCCCUGCGGCCGCGGAGAUACACUACGGGCUCGCAUCUGCGCCAAGACCGAUGCCAGUACUGGAAGCGGCACUUGAAGUACCCGCAGCUAGACUCCGCCGGUGCGCGAGCUCUCGAGAACUAUCCGGGAAAAGUGAUGUGGUUUGUCGACAACGUCGUGUCGACGAUCAGCAAAUUCUGGACGAAGGUGAAAUCGUACGGCAAGACAUUUCUAUGACGGACCGUGAUGACACUGGUGAGAGGUGCCUUUUUGCCGACAGAAUAAAAGUUGCGAAACUUAAA